ACGGCAACCCCUUUACGAACCACCAUGGCCACUUAUGACUCUCUCCACAGACAAUGCAGAACUCUUGAAUCGCUUUUUGACUCGAAGCUGACUGCUUACUCGCGACUAGCUUCGACGAUGACCCGCAAUCAAAGUGAUGUGGAGGCUGAAGGUUCCCGCGAGCGGUGGAAAGACCUAGAAGGAGAGGUGGAGGAUCUGCUUGAGAAGUUGAAGGAGUCCAAUGAUGAGCUCUCUCGGCUGGCCGAAAACCCUGAUUCUCCUCCAUCUCAGACGAUGUCGCGAGCGAUGCAGAGACAUAGGGAAGUCUUUCAAGACUACUCGAAGGAGUUUCGGCGUACCAAGGCCAACGUACAGACAGCUCUUGACCAAGCCAACCUCUUGACCGGUGUCAGAAAUGACAUAGAUGCAUACAAAUCUUCGGCUGCGGAUUCGCUCCUCGCGGAACGAGGUCGCAUCGACAGCUCACAUCGCAUGACCGAUGAUUUGUUAGAUCAAGCCUACGAGACGCGCGCGGAGUUCUCGAGGCAACGAAUGUCAUUGGGUGGUAUCAAUGCUCGCAUGGGACAGGUCAUGAAUACUAUGCCGGGGAUCAACAGUCUCCUUUCUAUGAUCAAGACCCGACGACGAAGAGACGCUCUUAUCAUCGGAGUCGUGAUUGCCGUGUGUCUCAUCUUACUAUUCAGCUAUAUGACCACCUAGGGUGCCGGACGUCCCGCAAUACCACAGGUCUAUCUUAUGCUCUGUUAAUCAAUGCACUUGUCAUGUUGCACCAGGUUGCACGUGUUUCUACAUGACGAACAUAUGCUGUAUGCCCAA